AGCAGGGACCCCCGGCCCGGGCACGGCCCCAGCCCCGCCGGCCCCGCCGCCACCGCCGCCCCGCUGCACGCCGGGGCUGGCCGCGGACAGCGGGGCCGCCGCGCCGCAGCUUUGUUCGGGCAGCUCGCCCCUUCUCGGAGGAGCCGCACGGGGGAAGUCUUUGUGCGCGCCCUUCCCCCCCGGGCCAGGCGGGGGACAAUGUCUCAGCCCCGAGGCAAGAAGAGAAACCCUGGGCUGAAAAUUCCUAAAGAAGCAUUUGAGCAACCACAGACAAGCUCCACGCCACCCAGAGAUCUAGACUCCAAAGCCUGCAUCUCUAUUGGCGAGGAGAACUUUGAGGUGAAGGCCGAUGACCUGGAGCCCAUCUCCGAGCUGGGACGAGGUGCGUACGGGGUGGUGGAGAAGAUGCGGCACAUGCCCAGCGGGCAGAUCAUGGCAGUGAAGCGGAUCCGAGCCACGGUGAACAGCCAGGAGCAGAAGAGGUUGUUGAUGGACCUGGAUAUCUCCAUGAGGACGGUGGAUUGUCCCUUCACUGUCACCUUUUACGGGGCACUUUUCCGAGAGGGAGACGUGUGGAUCUGCAUGGAGCUGAUGGAUACCUCACUGGACAAAUUCUACAAGCAUGUCAUUGACAAAGGCCUGACGAUUCCCGAGGACAUCCUGGGGAAAAUCGCCGUCUCUAUUGUGAAAGCACUAGAACAUCUCCACAGUAAGCUCUCCGUGAUCCACCGAGAUGUAAAGCCCUCUAACGUGUUGAUCAAUACGCAGGGGCAGGUGAAAAUGUGCGAUUUCGGGAUUAGCGGUUACCUCGUCGACUCGGUUGCUAAAACCAUGGAUGCAGGAUGCAAACCCUACAUGGCUCCUGAGAGAAUUAACCCGGAGCUGAACCAGAAGGGGUACAGCGUCAAAUCCGACAUCUGGAGCCUGGGCAUCACCAUGAUCGAGCUGGCCAUCCUGCGCUUUCCCUACGACUCCUGGGGGACGCCCUUCCAGCAGCUCAAGCAGGUGGUGGAGGAGCCGUCGCCGCAGCUCCCAGCGGAGAAGUUCUCGGCGGAGUUCGUCGAUUUUACCUCGCAAUGCUUGAAGAAGAAUUCCAAAGAACGGCCAACAUACCCAGAGCUUAUGCAACAUCCUUUCUUCACCCUGCACGAAUCCAAAGAGACAGACGUCGCCUCUUUUGUCAAGCUCAUCCUGGGAGACUGAGAACUGGACUUGUAAAUGAAUUGCCCUUCUGUGGACUGGUGGGUGCAGGGGAGGGGCGCGUGGCAGGACUUGUCAUGGAAGCACCAACAGAAAGUCGCCGUGGUUUUGUUUUGUUUUGUUUUUUUAUUCUGAGAAACCCCCGCCUCGCCGAAGUUUUUUAAAGGGUUCUUUGGUAUCCAUAGUGACAUAGAACAAGCUGGUUAGUGAAAUGAAUUUUAAUAAGGUUGGUAACCUUAAAACAAAAACAAAACAACAACAACAAAUUUUAAAAGAGUGAUUUACAUAUUUAAUGACAGUCGAAGUCCCUCUUCCUAACUUGCUCCUCAUCCCCCUUCCCUUCCCCCUGAACCAGAAUUUGCUUUGUCAUGGUAAUAGGUGCUAUGGUAGUCAUGAAGUUGUAUGUAGAUUUAUAUUUUGUCCCUUCCAUUAUUUUAAUAUUUAUGUUAAGUGCUUGAUGGAAUAGAUUUCUGUUUUAUAUGAGGAUGAGUGCGUGGUGACGAUGAUGAUGCUAAAUGAGGCCACAGCAAGCAGCAGUCGUAGGGCUUUGCUGGGGACAAAGGUGUCAGAGGAAAAGAGGAAGAAGAGGAGAAGUGUCUCUGUUGUGGAAAAUAUUUAAUGUGCAUCGUAAAAGGAAUUUAUAAGCAAGACUUGCAGCCACUGGAGCUGCCCUCACAGAGUGUGAGGUGUAAGGGAGGGAGGUCCCGGUGCCCCUUCUCCAGACACCGCGCUCCGAGCCCUGCCUGGGGGGCACUGCCAGCCCCCAGCUGGGACAGCCCCUGCCCCCCAUCCCAGCCUCACACCGGGCAGGUUAUGGGGUCUGGAGGGGGAAUUGCUGGGCUGGUGUCUGGGACAAAAGCCCCAGAGGGAAGUAGGUUGUCGGAUGAGUUGCACAAAGGUGAGGAGGAGGCUGCCUGGUCAGUGCCCGCCUGCCCGCGGGCCCAGCAGCGUUGCAGUGCCCGAGGCUCCCUUGGGCUGGGGAUGAGCUGCUUUGGGCCUAAAAGGGAGUUCUUCUCUCCUUCUCCGGAUGGGACAGGGUCACAGGAUGCGUGGCACGAGGCCUGUGAUAAAUGGGAUACUUCAGAGUUGGUUUCUAGGGCUCUUGGCACUGUGUGGGCAGCAGUCCCUCCGUGCUUGCCCACACUUUGGGAGUGCUGGUGCUCCCCAGGAGCCCGUGCUGGCACGUGGUUUGGGCUGUGUCCAGCUCCAGCUGGGAUGCUGAAGGCAGGAGGGAGCACUGGGCUCUUGGCAUGGGCUGUAGGCAUGUCCUGUGGGAACUGCAGCCUGGAAACCAUGCAGGGACACAGCCCACCCCUACCAGGGGCUCCUUGCUGUUGGCUGUGUCCUUGGAGAAAAGCUGCCAGCCAAGGGCAGGAGAACAGGGGCUGUUGGGGUGGGAAGGGAGACACAGAUCACUCAGCCUUUGGGUCACACAGUUGCUGUCCAGAGAAAGGGAGGACUGUGCACUGUGAGGUGUUGCUGAGGCUGGAGCGAGGCUGCUCCAGCUUAACGCUGUUUGACUGAGCCACACCCGCCCAGCUGCCUCACCUGGCCAGGAGCUCCUUGGCCUCUUUCUCCCAGCCCUGUGAGAGGGCACUGCCUGUGCCUCGUGCCCCUCCACACGCUUCCCAUCCCCAUCCAUCGCUUUGGCACGGCCUCUCCGAGUCAAACCCCAGCUAGAAACAAGCCUUGCUCUGCAGUAUUUGUUGUGCAGGAGGUAACUCAGCCUGGGGUCCAGCUCUUGCUCUCCCAGUUCAGGCUCUCCAGUCUCUGCUGGUGAGGGCUGGGCUUCCGGAACAGACUGAGCACAUUUCGGGAAGCGAUCCCUUGGAAGGGCUGAUGGGGAGGGCAGAAUUUAAGAGCGGGGGUUCCCCAGUUUGGCACCUCCUGUGCUGGGGACGUGCCAACACUUUGAAAGGCGCACACAGACACCGCCAGUGCCUGGGCUGCCACUGGGAAGAGAUAGGAGAGCUUUGCUCACGGGGGUUUUUCAACCCUUGUGUCCCUCACGGGGGGCUCUAAGAGGGCUUGCAGGAGUUGGGGUGCAGCUCACAGGUCAUGCAGACUCUGGGGGAGGAGGUUCCCCUCCGUCCGCCUGCCCAUCCCUCGGCCACGCUGGGCUCCUCAUCCCGCCCUGUGCCGAGGGGAACCUUUCAGGUCACAUUUUGUGGCGGGUGAAACGCGAGGAUGUUUUACUUCACAGUGUAAUUUUAAGAGGCCUCGCAUGGCUCGUAAUCUGCCCUCUCAUAUUCCAUGGUGUGUCUGUGUGUGUGUUUUCUCUCUCUCACUUUCUCGGAGUCGCAGAGCUGUUUUGAUUGAUUGUCCUCAGCUGCAGCUAAAAGUCCAGCCAGCCAGUUUAUAGACUUGGUUCCAGCAUCAAUUCUCGCUUUGAAAAACAUGACAUUUAAAACCACCCUUUGGUUUUCCUACAUAUGGAUCUGAUGCCUUUGUUAAAGAUUGUUUUUGCCGCUUUUCUCCUGGAAUAUAAGUCUCAUUUGGACACCGCAUCUCCUUGACCUCAGAGCACCUUUAUUUCAGUGCCAUUGUAAUUGACAGGUUGAAUUUAUGAGAUACUGUCAAAGUUCAGUAUUAAUAGCAGAUAUUAAUGUCACCAGCGUUUUCCAAUAGAAAAUUAAUGUCAGUGUUGUCUGCAGCUAGUAACCCUCUAAAAGGAUUCCUACAUGCCUCCACACUGCAUGCUGAGUGCUUGCUUUUAUGCUUUCUGCUCUUGCAGUGCUUGGGCCCUCUAAUCCCUUUGUUUUAAUGACAUUACAAUAGGGCAGGCAACAAAUCACUUCCCUUCCCUGCUCAUUCUCCAUGACUUUGUUCCUGUAAAAGUCGUUUGCGUCAGCCCAGAGUAAGUGUGGAUCCGUGUGAGGAUGAGAACAGUGAUCUGAGGGAUCACCAUUGUGGAGGGGAGAAUGCAGAGGCUGUUGGUCUGUCCCUGCAUCCCUCGUGGCAUGUGUGGACACAAAGCUUGGCCUGACCCAGGGAUUUCUUAGAGAGAAGCCUGAGCUGGUGGCCUCGGCUCAGGGAACAGAGCCAGAGGCUCCUGUGUGCUUAAAAGCUCUGCAAAAACAUUGGGCUGGAAGAUGAAAGUCAGACUCUUCUUUCUCUCUGAGCUGACUGCAACCUCUGUGGAGAUGAAAAGCCUUUGGUCACUGCCCACAUCUUUGCUUGGCUGUAACACAAGCACAGCCUUGCCUUGGACAGAUAGGGUUGCUGGGACCUGAACAGCCAAGGUGCUGAGGCUUUAAGCUGUUCUUCAGAAAGCCCUUUUGUGUUCACACAGCACAGGACUGUGGGCAGCCUGUUGGAUUGCCCUGAACUGGGAUUUUUAAAGACACAGUAUCUCAUGCCAUAAACCUGAAAGAACCCAAACUCCACCAGGGAGCAGGGAGGAGAGCAAAGCUGCUGGAGCUCAGCACUGAGCUGUGGCUUGGACCAGCUGUGGAUGGAUUCCAGCACAGGGAGCCCUUGGCAGGGCAGGGAGGGUCCCUCUGCUCUGCCACAGGUUAUUGGGCUGCAGGAAAGAGGCACAGCCCGUCCAUGGGGAUCCCUGGGCGUGAUGUUCAUCCUCUUCUUUCCCCCCACCAUACAGCUCUUGAUGUUCCUGCAAUCUCCUGAAUGUUUGCCAUCACUACAGCUCUAAAGUGUCACUGGCAGGAAAGCUGUUUUCUGGGUCUCCAAGAGCCCACUGGCCCCUUAAAUCUGAAAGAGGAGUCAGAGGGCAUUUUCUGGUUACUGUUUUUAAACACCAGGUUCAUGCUGCUGCAGUGGGUGCAAUGCCCAUCACUUCUGGAGUUUUUUCCAGGUGUACAAACCCUUACACAGAUAUCUCUGUACUGUAUUUCUGUGUUUUCUCUGACUUGUGUCGGGUUUACUGGUGAGGAAGGAGGCAGCUCUGACUUGUUAAAGGGGUGGAACACCAUUUCUGGAGGCAGGUGGCCUCCCCUGUGUGAUGGAGGAGGCAGAUGAUGGGUCACUACUCAGAAAAAGCUCUCAAAAAAGAUUUGCAGUUGAUCUCCCUGUUCGUCAGCACGUGCUGUUGGGUCAGUGCUGCUGCUCCUUGGCGGGAAGGAGCUGCCAGACCCUUUGCCCAGGCAGGGAUCAGUGCCUGGUGCUGAGGGCAGACCCCAGCAUGCACAGCCUCAGCUGGGAUUUCUCCAUGCUGGCUACAAGCCAAGUGUGUACCUGCACAUUUCCCUUCUUCCCUGGACGUUCUGGAGGAGGAAAUCCUGCUGGGCUAACACAGCAUUGCUUUAGUGGCUGGUCUGAUGUAGUUCAGACAAGGUUCCCACCAGCUCCCUUGUUUAAUAGACCUCUUUUUUAUUAAAAACAACCCCCAAACUCCUCUCUCAGAAAAGCCAGCCAAGAUGCUCUUUUUUUUUUUUUUUUUUUUCCUUCUCUCUUCCAUCUUGUUCCUCUUAGAGGAACUCUGGGAGCCCGUCCUGGUGCUUUCACUCUUCCACAUGCCAAAGAUCGCUGCAUCCCUCUUAGUUACGCUCCUGCCAAACCAGAUCUUAUAGUCUUGCCUCAAAAAUCAUCCACUUCCCUGCUCCUUGGGGUUCCUUUUGUUGCUGUUGCUUUUUCAUUGAAUUUCCUCAUGUUUAUUGACAUGUCUAUUGUUGAGCUUCCUGGACACAUGCAGCUCUCUUUUUCGGAUACAGGGAAAGACAAAUAGUUGCCUUCACUGCUCUGCCCCUGCUGUUGGGGAAAUACUGUUAGUGAUAUGAUUCCUACAGAUGGGAUGGGUCUCAUUUAGAACUCGGAGGGUGUAAACUGGCAUUGCUCCAUUGGCUUGGCUGGAAUUAGGCCAGUUUUGUCCAGCUGAGAAUCUGUCCUUAAUGUCUAAACAGUUAUUACACACUAAUAAAGAUUAAUGAUUGUAAAUCCCCACGGAUUAUACAUAAAAUGGCAAGUUUUACUCAUUAAUCUUUAUUGCCAUGUUAUGGCUGUUUAUGUUAGAGGAGUCGCCUCUCUCUGCUCUGAACAUGCACUGAGGAGGUGGGGAGUGAGCACGGGGGAGAUGGAGGGUGGACAGAGCAGACCAGAUGUCCACAUGUUUUACAGUCUGUGUCCUCCCCCCAGGUUCCCUGUUUCCUUGAAAUCCGUUAACCAGCAGCAGCAGAGGAUGAAUCCCAGAGCUUUGUCUGCCUCGCUGGCCUCUGCCUGGGCUAUAAAAUCCAGAUUGUUUCUGGUGAGAAGGGAUCAGAUCUCCUAAUUAAUAUUUCAGCUCAGCCUUUGCUGGAGCAGAUGGAGAAUAUGAAAUUUGACAUGUGCUCUGGCAGCCCAGUGCUCCGCAGUGCUGGGAGAGUCUCUCUCCCGGGUUGUGGCUGGAGGAGAUGCUUUCUGGGCAGCGACAGGUUGAAAGGACACUGCUCCUUCACAUAACCCCACACCACAGAAACAGUGGAUUUUGUUAGUAAAUAGGGCCAGAAAAAGCUCAUUGAAUCUCAGUUUUUAGGUGUUUGCAGAUGCAUAUAGACACAGCCAGGAGCUGGUGGUGCCAGUCCAGACACAAAGGCCCAUGGGCUGUAUAAAAUGAUGAGGAGUCUAAAAGAGUGCAGUAAGCUUUAGUGGUGGAUUUAGUGGCAUAGGGGCAAAAUGAGUUCUCUGAUAGGCAGCUGUGUCAAUCCACCCUGCCGGGGGAAGGUCAGGAGCAGAAAGAGAGGGUGGGACACAGCCCCAGAUUCCAUUGAGGGCACAGCCUGCUGAGAGCAGCCCUUCUUUCCCCGUGUACUCCUUCAGGCUCAGAUCUGGGGGCAGUGGGCUUGCUCACAAGUCCCAGGUUGCCACUGCACCCCCAACUCCAGCAAGGAAAGCAAAAUCUAAAACCCAAAAGGAAACCCACAGGGAAGAAACCUACAAGUGAACCAUUACGUGUUGCUGCCGCGUGGCCUCGUGCGUCGCUGCUUCCCCGGCUGAGCUCCGACUUAAACCAUGGGAAAAGCACGGGAGAGGCCUCCGUAGCUGAGGGAGAAAUGGGUAAACAUUUUAAGGUGGUCUCUGACAAGCCUAAUGCUGGAAAUAUCUAAUUUACAGGCCACCAGGAUGAGUGGAUCCUUGAGGGGCCUGCGCAGCCGGCAGCGCCGUUCCAGCGGGAGCACUUGGGGCUGCAGGAUGUUUAUGACGUGGCCUCCUUUAGUGGCCCCCUGGGUUGCUGAAAAGCCCUUUGCCUCCAUCGACACCUGACUGAGUCUCAGUCACCUUCAUGGUUUAUGUUUUACUGUCGGGGGUUUUACUGGCAGGCUCUUUUCUCGGCGGUUGGUCAGAGCGCGGGGAAGGGAGAGGGGCCUCCAGCCGGCUCAGCUGGGGGAGAGGAAGGAGCCGCCUGUGCUCUCCAGUCCCUGCUUGAGGAGAAGCCACAAGCCAGGAGCUCGCUGCCCUGCAGGUAUCCAGCCGAAGCAGGAGCUUCUCCCUUCGCGCUGCCGUUCCCGUUAAAAAUCCCUGUGGGAAAGCGGAGCGGCUCCGGAGCUGCGGCAGCGUCGCUCCAGGGCGGCUCGUCCCUGCCAGCAGCCGGGAUGGGCCGCCCUUCCUUCCUCGAAAGGCUCUUGGUUUUCUCUAAAUGAUGGGGCAAGAGUCCAGCUGGGGCUGUGAGGUACCGCGAGGAUAAGCUGGGAAGAGCUUGGAAGCGCCUUAAAUGCUCUGGAAGUAGGGAUGGAAAUCUCAGAAGAUCAGACGCCUUUCGGCGAUUUCCAAAGCUCUAUGGUUUUAGCCAGACCUGAAAACCCUUCCUAGAAGUUUUAUUUCAGGGUAUUUUGAUCUGUUACUUUCACUUUUGGGCUUAGCUAAAUCCAGGAAACUCGGAAUGGUGUAAUUCUUGAAUGAAGACUAAACACACCCCAAGUAUUACUGAACCCGAUCAGGAGAGUUUCUGUUUGGUUUAUCUUACAGGAAUAAUUCAGGCCAGCUCGGAUUCAGUCUGCUUUUACCCCAGAUGAUUAUUAUUUUUGAGAAAAUCAGAGACCAGACCAUGGUCUUUCCAACAGGCUGUGACCCAUCACGCACCAAACGGUGCCAGAAGGUGGAUGGAGAUAAGUGCUGCAGGGAGAGGGGGCCAAUGUCUGAGGGCUGGAAGGAGCAGCCUGGCUGCAGGAGUGUCCAUGGCCUCCAAAAACACACAGAGAGACAGUUUCCCCAGAGGUUGUGUGAUGGAGGUGUCGGGGUCUGCCACGUCUUGGGUUUUUUCCCCUCUAGGAAAGAACAUCCAGCCAUCUCGGAGUGUCCUGGAACAAUAUCCAAAAGCCUUCAGUGUUUCUCAGCUCAGUUGUGUGGGAUUUUUUUUUUUCAGGAUGGAUGCUGUGAAAAGCCAGGAAGGGCCAGGUGUCCUUGAUUUACACAGCCAGAGCAGAGAGAUGUAGAUUAAGUGCCUCGUAGGAGCCAAAAAGGUGUGUUUGAAGAUGAAUUACAGUCUCUGUCGUAGCUGCUCAGCCAGGAUCAAGUUUUCCCACGUACAGGUGCAGCUGCAGAGCUCUCCGUCCAUGUUUAGCCCAGAUUUAGUCAUGAGUCUUGCAUAAACACCCACAGCAUGGACUGUGCCUUCUGGGGGGGAUUCUGUCAGGCUGGGGUUCAAAACAGAGUAUCACCAAACCCAGGAUUUGACUCCAGAUGCUCCCUUUAUAAUCUCUGUGUAAAGUGAAUUUCCAGAGUUCGGACACUGGUUUGCUUGCUCCAUAAUAGUGACUCGAGCAGCGUGUGCUUGGUGAGAGUUGUCCCUGGGCCAGGGGAAACAGUCACAACAUACAAAAUAGCUGGGAUUUUGCAUUUAUUUUUUAAUAGCAGUACAUGGCGGGGCAGCUGCUAAAUGUAGUUUCUUGUGAGCUGGAAAUGAGUUGGAGUAAAACUUGUCAUUUCUCGUAGUAAAAAAAAAAAAAAACAACAA